AUGCAAAGUCACUCGGAUCAUACCAUAUAUGUUGAUGAUAUGAUAGUGACAGGUGAUGAUCAUGAAGAGAUUAUUUCUUUACAACAAUAUCUUGUUUAUGAGUUUGAAAUGAAAGAGUUGGGAGAGUUGAAGUAUUUUCUUAGGAUUGAAGUUACUCGAUCCAAGCACGCUGAAAUCAGUAUGGCAGACUAUAAACCUAUUGACACCCCUAUGAAACAAAAUCAUAAAUUGGCAUUAUAUCCUGAUCAGGUUCCUAGUAAUAAGGAGCGUUAUCAACGACUUGUGGGAAGAUUAAUUUACUUGUCUCAUACGUAUCCAGAUAUAGCCUAUGCUGUAAGUGUUAUGAGUCAGUUUAUGCAUCUGCCUAGUGAGAUUCAUAUGGAUGUUGUCGUCUGUAUUCUCAGGUAUCUUAAAUUGGCUCUUGGUAGAGGUUUACUGUUUUCCAAGAAUGGUAAUUUGAAUAUUGAAGGAUACAUAGAUGCAGAUUGGGCUAGUUCAAUUGCGGAUCAAUGCUCUACUUCUGGUUACUUUACUUUUGUUGGUGGUAAUCUCGUCACCUGGAAAAGUAAGAAACAGAAGGUUGUUGCUCGAUCUAGUGCGGAGGCUGAAUUUCGUGGAAUGACGCAUGAGUUAGUCAACAUCCUCACUAAGACUGUCUCUGUUAGUGCUUUCUCCAACUCGCUCGACAAGUUGGGCAUGCAAGAUAUCUUUGCUCCAACUUGA